AUGACAUACCCAGAUUUCUGUUGCCAGAGAAUAGAGGCCAUGGCCAGUCUGAAGCUUAUAGGAGCUAGACCCAGCCCCUAUGUGAGCCGGGUUCAGUUCGCCCUAAACCUAAAAUCGCUCGACUAUGAGUUCCUCGUAGAAAAAUUUGGCACCAAAAGUGAGCUUCUCCUCAAAUCAAACCCUGUUCACAAAAAAAUCCAGUUCUUAUCCAUGAUGACAAGCCCAUAUGCGAGUCUCUCAUUAUCGUUGAAUACAUCGAUGAAAUAUGGACAUCUGGUCCACCCCUUCUCCCCUCUGAUCCCUAUGACCUGGGCUCCACUGCUAAGGGAACUGAGGACGGCGCAAGAAGAAGAGGAGAAAAAGAGAGUUCUAGAUCAAAUGUUUCAAGUGCUGAUCCAACUAGAAGGGGCCUAUCGCCAGUGCAGCAAAGGGAAGGCUUUCUUUGGAGGGGAUAACGUAGGAUACCUUGACAUAGCACUAGGGGCUUCUUGGGAAAAGUUGAUUGGUGUUAGGCUGCUGGACGAGGCCAAGACCCCAGCUCUUGUGGGGUGGGCCGAGAGGUUUUGUUCUCAUGAUGCAUUAAAGGAUGCUGUCCCAACUGCUGAGGAGCUUCUUGAGUUUGCCCAGAAGCACUUCAUGGCUAAACCUCCAACCCCUAAUUGA